UUAAAAACAGUAUGAAGCAGCUUCAACGGAGCUUCCGACAACUAAUUUUAAGCAUGGCUGUCUAGCGUGCCUGUCACUCCUAUUGUCCUUCCAAACUCUUUCAGACAUUUUGAGCAAGGAGUAUUAAAGCUAUGAGUUAGCAAGGGUUGUGACAUUAAUGGUGUACAAAGGCUUUAGGCACGAGAGGUAACGAUGAUUACCGUGGCUACUUGGAAGACUGCACUGGAUCGCUGUCAUUAAAAAUUAAGCGUGGCUUUUGAGGAAGAUGUGACAACUACCGGAGGUCUUUUCGCCAUCCCUCCAGGACUUCCACCAUAAGGAAAGGAGCCCCUGGACCACCAUCCUCUAAGAUGUUCAUAUGGACCAGUGGCCGGACUUCCUCAUCUUACAGACACGAUGAGAAAAGAAAUAUCUACCAAAAAAUCAGGGACCACGACCUCCUGGACAAAAGGAAAACUGUCACAGCACUGAAGGCCGGAGAGGACCGAGCCAUUCUCCUGGGACUGGCUAUGAUGGUGUGCUCCAUCAUGAUGUACUUCCUUCUGGGAAUCACACUCCUGCGCUCAUAUAUGCAGAGUGUAUGGACUGAAGAGACUCAAUGUACCUUGCUGAAUGCGUCGAUCACGGAGACAUUUAAUUGCUCCUUCAGUUGUGGGCCAGACUGCUGGAAACUCUCUCAGUACCCCUGCCUCCAGGUGUACGUGAACCUGACUUCUUCCGGGGAGAAGCUCCUUCUCUACCACACUGAAGAGACGAUGAAAAUCAAUCAGAAGUGUUCCUACAUACCCAAGUGUGAAAAAAGUUUUGAAGAGUCCAUGUCCCUGGUGAACGUCGUCAUGGAAAACUUCAGGAAGUACCAGCACUUCUCUUGCUAUUUUGACCCGGAAGGAAACCAGAAGAAUGUCAUUCUAACCAAACUCUACAGUUCCAACGUGCUGUUCCACUCACUCUUCUGGCCCACUUGCAUGAUGGCCGGGGGCGUGGUGAUCGUGGCCAUGGUGAAACUCACACAGUACCUCUCCCUGCUCUGUGAGAGGAUCCAGCGGAUCAAUAGAUAAAAGCGAACAUGGAUGAAAUAGUUUUCUUUAAAGCUCAAAUACUGUUUUCUUUCAUUCUUCACCAAAGAACCUUAAGUUUGUAACGUGCAGUCUGUUAUAAGUUCCUUAAUAUAUUAUUAUAUGUAGAGCAAUAAUGCAAAAGCUGUUCUAUAUGCAAACAUGAUGUCUUUAUUAUUCAGGAGAAGAAACACUGUUUUGUGUUGGUUGGUUCUUUCCAUAGUCUUGUUUUGUUGCUGGAACUAGUGUGUCCUUCCUUCCUUCCGCCAAAAUGGGGCUCAGUUAUUUAUUUGCCAAGCUAUAUGGAAGAAUGUAGCAACAUCAAUGUGCUAAGGUCUGUGUUCUGAGGUAUCAGAUCUCUUAAAGACAAGAUUUUUCAUCAUUAAUUGUUUACUAAAGCUAUAGCCAAAAAUAUUUUUUCCCUUUCUGAAUCAAAUUGAGCCCUGUAGCAAGUGAAGGGACUGGAUUUUCUAAUUAAAGGGUGUUAAGCAUUUUCCUUGUAUUUUUACCAUGUGACUAAAAAGAAGGGAAAUCUAGCCAGUUACUUUUCUUUCAUUACUUUUUAUUCACAACUUUAGAUUUUUUAAACUGAUUUCCAAAAAUAAAAAAUAAAAAAAAUAAGCUUUUCUCAUUAGCUAAUUCUGUAGUUGCUUCCUAUGAUUUAAAUAGAAAAUUAAGAGCCCUUUUCCAUUUUAAGACCCGCUACUGUGUGAAGAGAUGAUACUGACAAAGGAUUCAUUAUCUUUGGACUGAGUGAAUGUUGGUGGGUGCUCCUCUAAGACACAGGAACAUCUGUGGUACUAAGAUAUUUGCGUGAAAAUCUUUAUUCCAUCUCAACUGAACUGUUUGAUGGUACAAAUUAAGAUGCCGUUUGCUGGUAAAGACUGGUGAACUGGUUUCAAUGGGUAAAUCUACUGUGGUAACUUAACAUAUUGGAAUUAUUCUUCGGGAAUUUAUGAUUAAGUUAAGGAAUGUGUAGUCUGUCCUCUGACAAGUGUUCUCUGUCAGGACUUUAAAGCUAUGUACACAGAAUAUUUGUCUCCUCUACAUGUUUUAUUUUUCUAUUUAUAAUUCCCCUUUUUUGUUGUUAUAUUUUAUACACAGAAAAGACCUUUUUCUUAACACACAUUUGAACUGAAUAACAGAUUUAAAGGAAGCCUUUCUUCACAUUGCUAUUUACUUAUUGUAUUUGGGGGGGAAAUGAGGGAUUCGUUUUAAAUAAAAACAUUCCAUCUUUUAUUUCCUAUCACUGUCAAAAGGAGAAGACAAACAUCUAUCUUUCUCAUCUAUAUUUAAGUACCUUUUUGUAAUGUAGUAUCAAAGUUUUUUAGGUAUUGCAAAAUUUUACAAAUCACUUGUGGAAUGAAUGGCAAAAAUAAUCUGAUGAUGUAAAAAUUAUUCUGCAAUAUUG